AUGAGCGCAAAACACCACCUCCACACCGCUGCCGCUAUACCUCCGCAUAUCGACCCCGCCCUCAUACUCGCCGCACUCCACGACCACAACACCACACUUACACUCCAAGCGCUCACACAGGGCCAUGAGAAGCUGCCUUCAACAGACCCCGAGACGCUCAAGGACACGUACUGGUACCCCACCGACAUCCACCCCGUCACGUCAUACCACGUCACCGAAGUCAUAAAGUUCCUGCCCGGUGUGGAGUGGGGGAAAAAGUACAUCAAGUUCCCGUCGGUCUUCCAAGAUACGCCCACGGGUGUCAGGACGCGGGCUGAUGCAAGUGGCGUAAUCGUGCGCGCGGAGUUUCGCGUAGUCCGAGGCGGUGCAGCAGCGGAAGUUGAGGGUGAAGGAGCUGGUAUUGGAGACGCGGAAUGGGUGUUGGUGGAAGAUGUCGAGGUCACCUGCGCAUGGUGGCUGAUGCCAUUUGUGAAGGGCAAGAUGGAGCAAGCGCAUAGAGGCAUAUGCUCCAAAGUCAUGGAGAAAGUGGCGAUGGAACAACGACAAAGAGCUGUCGCGGGCGUGGAUAGCCCGAAUAAGGGGAAGGGAAGGGCGGAUACGGCUAAAGAUUUGCCUAGUGUGCCGCCGCCGGAAUAUUCACCAGGGAGCCCGGGGUCGGAUGCGCAUGCACAGAGGGUUGACACGCCGGCGCAGGUCCCGGAGAAGAUUACAUAUGGGUAG